AAAGUCAAAACCCAAUUCGCUCGGUUUAAAUCUACUGCCGCAACUCAACCUGGUUCCUCAUAUUAAUUGCUUCUUCUUCCCCAUCAAAAACUCCAUUAACAAGCCUCACCCCUCUCUCUUUUUCUCUCAAGAUCUAUCAACCAAGAUCAGCUCUUUGCUAAUUUUAAUCUUGAAUUCUUGAUCACCUCCCUCCAAGUUUCAAUCUUUUUCUUUCAUCAUGGGAGCCAAAGGGCACAGCCAGAGCAAGUUCAUGAGGAUCGUCACCAUCCCACUAAAGGUACUGGGCAAAGCCAGGGAUCUUUACGUCAAGAGCAUGACUGGCUGCGCAGCCAGAGCUAGCUCCGGCCACUCCAUGUCUCUGCCAAAUGGUCAAUUGCCCAAGAGUUACAGUAUGGGAUCAUCCAUGUCCAACGAUAAUGACGAUUUCAGAGAUCUUAUAAGGGCUGCAUCAGUCAGGAGCCUUGGUCACAAGAAUGAAAUCGACAUGUUAUUGCAUCAAAUGAAGCAGCAACAAUCAAUUCCAUCGAAACAGUUGCCUAAGAGUAGCAGUGUUGGGAUGGGAUUCAUGGGAAGGAUUGAUGAAGAGAAGCCGUCUGAUGAAGAUGGAAGCAGCCAUGGUGCGAAUUUGAAAGCGGCAAAGGGUGAGUUGUAUCCUCGAAGCAGAAGCUAUGCAGUGGCGAAAACUAGUGUUGCCUUUUGAUUAAUUCUGAGAAUUUGGAUUUGGGAGAGAUGAAAUUGGAAGAGCAGAAUCCUUUCAGGAUCUGGUUUUGAUUCUUGAAGAUGUUUCUGUGUAAAGAUAUUCUUAAGUGAAAUGUAGUUGGUAGUAGCAUUUGUUUCUUGUCCCACUUUCAAAGCCAACUCCCAAUUCAAAGCAAUAAAGAUUGAACCUUGCCUUA